CAACAAAAUCAACACAAAACACAAAUAGAUGUGAAUUUCCCAUUUCCAUUUCAUCAAUAUAUAUUCUUCUUCUUCUUCUUCACACCAAACAUCACUAUUCUCUUUGUUUUUAGAAACCGCUGAAUAGCUUAUACUUCAAAAACACACACACACUUUCCUCUGCACAUUUUUCAUGUCAGAAACAUAAAAAGUUCAUGUCUUGGUUGUUGGGCUUACUUUAUUUCUUUCUGGAAUAGUAUAACUAUUGGAUCAGAUUUCAAGAUUGUCAGUCUUGAUCUAAAAACACUCAGUAGCUUACAUAUAUAUAUAUAUAUAUAUAUAUAUAUAUAUAUAUGCAUAUAUAUGUAUAUAUGAAGUUACUUGAAUUGUGAGAAAAAUGGCUGAAUUAUCUGAACACCAGAGGUCACCAAAUGUGCAACAAAGACAAAGGGGGUUUAGAGUUCAAUCUCCACUGGUCGAAUCUGUAUCAUGCUAUUGCAAAGUCGAUGCAGGCUUAAAGACAGUUGCUGGAGCAAGAAAGUUUGUUCCUGGAUCAAAAAUAUGUAUUCAGCCAGACAUCAACCCACGUGCACAUAAGUCUAAAAAUGGGCGUCGAGAAAGAACAAGAGUUCAGACACCUCUCCUUCCCGGACUUCCUGAUGACCUGGCAAUUGCUUGUCUAACCCGUGUACCGCGGGCUGAGCAUAACAAACUUCGUCUAGUUUGCAAAAGAUGGUUCCGAAUUUUAUCAAGCAACUACUUUUAUUCCCUUAGAAAGAGUCUCGGGAUGGCAGAAGAAUGGGUUUAUGUCUUCAAACGGGACCGCGAUGGAAGGAUUUCAUGGCAUGCUUUUGACCCGACUUAUCAAUUAUGGCAACCGUUACCACCUGUACCAAUUGAGUACAGUGAUGCUAUAGGAUUCGGGUGUGCGGUUUUAAGUGGGUGUCAUCUUUACUUAUUUGGAGGUAAAGACCCUCUUAAAGGAUCUAUGAGACGUACCAUUUUUUACAAUGCUCGAACAAAUAGAUGGCAUAAAGCUCCAGAUAUGCUUCGAAAACGACAUUUUUUUGGAUCUUGUGUGAUUAACAAUUGUCUUUAUGUUGCGGGUGGAGAAUGUGAAGGAGUCCACCGGACUCUUCGUUCUGCAGAAGUUUAUGAUCCCAAUCGACGGAGGUGGAGUUUUAUAUCCGAUAUGAGCACAGCAAUGGUUCCGUUUAUUGGGGUUGUGUAUAAUGGAAAAUGGUUUUUAAAGGGACUCGGGGCACACCGGGAAGUUCUCAGUGAAGCAUAUACACCUGAAAGCAACACAUGGGCGUCAAUUACUGACGGGAUGAUUGCUGGUUGGCGAAAUCCAAGCAUUUCUAUGAAUGGGAAACUUUAUGCUUUAGAUUGUCGCGACGGAUGUAGGCUUAGGGUUUAUGAAGAAGACACAAGUUCUUGGAAAAAGUUUAUUGAUAGUAAGGUUCAUUUCGGGAGUUCUCCUGCUCUUGAGGCUGCGGCUCUUGUUCCGCUUAACGGGAAGCUGUGCAUUAUUCGUAACAAUAUGAGUAUCAGUCUUGUUGAUAUCUCGAGUCCAAAUAAACCAAUCGAGAGUAAUCCACACCUUUGGGAGAAUAUUUCUGGUAAAGGUCAUAUAAAAACAUUGUUCACAAACUUAUGGUCAAGUAUAUCAGGGAGAAAUGGUCAGAAGAGUCAUAUUGUGCACUGUCAAGUGCUUCAAGCAUGAAGAAUUCAGCACCUUUUCUAGCACUAGAGAAAGGCAUCGGUUUUGGUUUGUACAGAUUUCUACCAUGUCGUGUGGUCAACAGGAACCCGUAAAGAAAGCAGGAAUUUUCAAACGUCAAAUGAACAUUGUAAGCGUCUUUUUUGUUCUUCAGAUCCAGUGAGUAACUUAGUAUAUUUAUGAAAAAGAUUUGUGUAUACAUGUGGGUUAGAACUCAUGAUAAUGUGUAGAUCACUUCUAUUUUGCGAACUUGUCAACUUCUUGAUUCAAUUACUUCUCAUUUGUAUCUGAAUCAAAUGUGUUCAUUAUUUGAAGCUUAGUAUAUCUGUCUUUCUUGAA